CAUCGGCUGUAUGAGUGGAACGAAUCUGCGAGGUGCGUUUACCCGACGGGCUCGCUUGUGUUGUUGCCAACAUGGCGUCCCGGUGCAGCCUCUCCGCUUUAUUCGCCACCCAGAGUGAGCUGGAGAUCAACCUGGACGAGGCUGAGACACCGCAGCAGCGAGAAGAGCUGGUGCUGCGGCACCUGAGGAGCUUAGACGAGAGAGAGGACCUGAAGAUACCGGAUUUCCAAACAGGCUUGGAAUGGCUGAACACAGAGGGGCCUCUGUCUUUGAACGCGAAUCUGGCUGGCAAAGUGGUGCUGCUGGACUUCUUCACCUACUGCUGCAUCAACUGCAUGCACAUCCUGCCUGAUCUGCACCAGCUCGAGAAGAAACAUUCUGUCGAAGAUGGAUUGGUUAUUAUUGGUGUGCACUCUGCCAAAUUCCCAAAUGAAAAGGUCCUUGACAAUGUUCGCAGCGCUGUCCUCCGCUAUGACAUCUGCCACCCGGUGGUGAACGACAGCGAGGCGCGGCUCUGGCACGACCUUGAGGUGUCCUGCUGGCCCACACUGGUCCUGCUCGGACCUCGUGGCAACCUGCUUUUCUCCCUGGUGGGCGAAGGCCACCGUGACAGGCUGAUGCUCUUCACUGACAGCGCCCUCCGUUACUACGCGGAGCAGGGCCUGCUGAAGACCCACAAAGUGGGAAUCAAGCUGUACAGAGACUCCCUGCCACCCAGCAUCCUGUCUUUUCCUGGAAAGGUGUCUGUAGACAACAGCAAGAAACGACUCGCCAUAGCUGACACUGGGCAUCACCGGAUUCUGGUGGUGUCCUCUACCGGACAGCUGUCACAUGUCAUAGGAGGGCCAGAAAGUGGGAGACGAGAUGGCGACCUGUCUGAAGCCUCCUUUAAUUCCCCUCAGGGUGUGGCCAUUAAGGGAGACACGGUGUACGUAGCCGACACAGAGAACCAUCUUAUCCGAAAGAUUGACCUGUUGGAGAGAAGAGUCAUCACGAUCGCUGGCACAGGAGUUCAAGGCACAGACAAAGAGGGUGGAGCCAUGGGCCCUCAGCAGCCAAUCAGCUCUCCUUGGGAUGUGACUCUCGGCACUGCCGGCGGUGUGGAAGAUAACGUGCUGUGGAUCGCCAUGGCAGGGACCCACCAGAUCUGGGCUCUGUUUCUAGCAGAUGGAAAUCUGCCCAAAGGAAGUGUGUCGAAGGCGGGAACGUGCGUGCGAUGGGCAGGCAGCGGCAGCGAGGAGAACCGGAACAACUCCUACCCCCACAAGGCAGGCUUUGCUCAGCCUUCAGGCCUGGCUCUGGCCCCGGAGGAGCCCAGGGGCUGCCUGUUCGUGGCCGACAGUGAAAGCAGCACCAUCCGCACCCUCGCGUUGAAGGAUGGAGGUGUCAAGCUGCUGGUCGGGGGAGAGCGAGACCCGAUGAACCUCUUUGCUUUUGGGGAUGUAGAUGGGAAAGGGGUGGAUGCCAAGCUGCAGCAUCCACUCGGUGUGGCCUGGGCUCCUGAACAAAGCCUGCUCUAUGUGGCCGACUCCUACAACCACAAGAUCAAGGUGGUGGAUCCAAAGACCAAGCAGUGUUGCACAUUAGCGGGGACUGGAGAGGCUGGAGAUGCUCUGGGCCCUGAAUUUGACAAAUCCUGCUUCAAUGAACCUGGAGGAAUCUGUGUUGGCGGUGAAGAGAAGCUUCUUUACGUCGCGGAUACCAACAACCACCAAAUCAAAAUUCUGGACUUGUCCUCCAAGACUGUCUCACUGUUCCCCAUAUCCAUGGACUACACAGACUCAGUACCUGCGCGACCUGCCAAAGCCCCCACACUGCCUAAAUCAGCUGCCAGGAAAGCAAUGCCACCGGUAGCGGUGUCUGUGGGCCAGACUCUUAUCCUGUCGCUCACCCUGUCCCUUCCAGAAGGAACCAAACUCACUGAGGAGGCCCCCAGCUGCUGGGCUCUCUCAGCCGAGGGUAACGAGUGGCUGCUUGACAAUAAGGUGGUUACAGGCGACAUAUUGGAUCUGUCGAGGCCCCUCUGCGUCUCAACCAAACUUCCAGCUGUUGUUAAGGUCUCGACCGGCGAAGCAAGCCUCACUUUGGGUGUAUGGGUGUACUACUGUAUGGAGGCAGGUAAAGCCUGUAUGAUGAAAGCGGCCUCCUUCACUCAGCCUCUACAGAUAAGUGCCAAUCCCGGAGAGGAGGAGGUCACUGUGGCGUUAACUCAUGCCUUCUAAAACUUCUCACUUUGUCCAAACAGCCGGUGAAUCCACUUUUUAAAAUGUCACUUUAACUUCUGAUCAGGACUAAAACUAAAAGAUUGUUUGUGACGGAGCCGUCACUUUUAUCAAAAAAUGCAUUUCGUAAAAACCUGAUUUUCUGCAUUAUUUCAUUUCGGACUACUCCGAAGCUCUUUCUCCAAAUUGUAAUGCAUCAUCUCUGUAAUGUUGUUUACUGUGUGUGACGGUUAUUGAUAGGAAUGUAAAUAGAUUUAUCCCUGGGCAUUUUUAGUAAGGCUGAACAGCAAACCCAACAGCAGGCUAAAAAAGAAGAGGCCAGAAAACUGUCUCCAUUCGAAAUUUAUAUUUUUAUAAAAGCAGAAGUUCAUCUCAAAGCCACCUUGUGUAUCAGAAACUAUGCACCUCCAAAAUAAAAGCCUUUUAUAUUUAAUUGAUGAGAAACUUUUGAUGAUCUAAUCGGCAGGUGGUGAACGAGGUGUCAGAUGGAUGCACGGAUAAACAAACUGUCAUUUAACAAUGAUGUGGAGGAUUUAAAGCUACUUAAGAUGUUAAAAACAAAGUAAGAGCUGAAGCCUCUGAUCAGCUUCAUAUUCUCACCUGAACCAGCAGAUGGACGAGAAAGUCAAAGACACAAAAUUAGCAGACGCCUUCUGUUUGAAUUUUUAAAAAAGCCUUUUAUGAGAGCUGAUAUGAAGAGACUGAGGAUUUGUUCUGCCAUCCCUUUUGAAUGCUAAUGCAGAGAUAUGGCCGCUCUCUCGGAAAUAUAUCGAAACCUUAAUUUCAGUCCAUGGAAAGAAGUAUUAAGUUUUAAAGAAACUUCUUUUCAGAAAUGAAACUUUAUGAGAAGUCAUCUAUGCAGAGGAUCACUUUUUUUUUAUUGUCAUUAAUAUAUUAAAGACGUCGAGCACCAGAGUAUAAACUCAAAUCUUUAUUUUUUUUCUCUAAAAUAAUAGAUGUAUGUUGUGGCUUUAGUUCACAGUCCGUCAACGGGGCCUUCACAUGCACCAAUCAAACUCCUGUAAACAUUUAUGCAGCAUGUGUCACCGCAGAGCGAGUAGUCUUGAGUUGUUUACAGUUCGUCUUCUCUUAAAGGCGACAGUCAUAGCAUUGUUCUGUGCAUCCGCUCUCUCUGUGACUGAUUAUUCUUCUAAUAAGGAUUAUUUAUGACACAAGGAAUUCGUUUCAUUAAGACUGUAAAAAUAUUGUGGUUAUGUAAGCCAAUGAAUGAAGUGCCUGUUUCCAAUAAGGGAAAGUGACCUCGUGAACCGAUGACACGGACUGACUUCUGCUCGCUGUGUGCACUGUGAAAACCGUAUUAAGAAAAACAGUCUUAUUGAAAUCUGUAUCUCUCUGUGCAUCUAUACAGUUAAUUUCUCCUCCACAAAGGGAGCCUAAUAUGAAAGAGAUGCUCUAAUGACGCCACGCUGUAAUACAUUGUGUGCCUUGUUGUGUAACACAAUAUGAUAAUGUGGAAGUUGUCGUUUGUCAUUUUCCCUUUAUUGGUUUUCAAAGUUAUUAGCUGUUGUCAGACAGGGGCCAUCAGAGUGUUUUGAUUGUCAUCAUGUCUCAUGAUUUAAUUGUGCUUGUCUGACUUUAUUUUUUUUUGUUAUUCUUAUUCGGUUUGGCUUUCUCGGCCGCAGUGCCUUGGAGAAGAGGUGUGAAGUGAUGACACUUUGACUGUAUCUGAAGCAAUAACAAUAUAUUUCUGUCAUGGGAAAAGUUAUUUAUUUAUUUUUCUGGCUGAGCGAGUUUCACCAGGGUUCUCUCUCUGCUCUCUGAUCCCUCUGGAAUUUGUUAAUGAACAGUAAUGAGCUUGAGCGGCUGCUGGUGUGCAUUAAGUUCCUGAUGGUGUUUACCAAGUCUCACUUGAUUUCUUCUCACUGCACUCACAUGCUUUUGUCUUGGAGGGUACCUUGUUAGUUAGUGCUGCUCUUCAGGAUGCAGAAAAACAAAUAAAACAUUUUUAUACCCCCUGGUUGUAUGUCUGCAAUGAGAAGAAGCUGAGGUUUCACACCAUUCCUGAAAAUUCCUCUCAUAUGCCUCCUUUGCAAAUCAGGUCACUUGCCAUAACCACAAUACAUUAAUAAAAAUGAAAGGCUGCAGCUCUGCCAUGGGAGAUUUUUAUCAAAAGCUUUUCUAAUGAGCUCAGCUCAAUUCCCUAAAUUGGCCACAGUGUGAGGUUACAUGUGAGCUGACCCCGACUGACAGACUUCCUGUUUCACAUCAUGCACUAAAUACCUGUCAUUUGUCGCAUUCCUUUUACCUGAAGCAGCACAUUUUUCUCAUGUUUGCAGAUUUAAGGUAGUUUUGAUGGUUUGACUAACUCACAGUCACCUGACAUUUGGAAAAAUAAAAGCACACUCCUGUACAGACA